CACUGGUGCGCUCUCCGACGUGUAGGGAUUUUAGUGGGAAGAGGACAUGGCGGCCUCCGCAAAGCGAAAGGGGGGAUCGUUCGGAAAAUUAAAUGAAAUAACCGCUCAGGAUGAAUCCUCAGACAGUGAUACCGAACCGGAACAGGCUAGGGUCUUUCACCGACGUAUAUCUACCAACAAAGACAUCAAAACAUCGAUCUGUAUAAAAGAAGGCUACCUUAUGAAACAAACAAGCUCAUUUCAGAGAUGGAAGAGAAGAUACUUCAAAUUGAAAGGAAGAAAACUAUACUAUGCAAAAAAUACUAAGUCCAUGGUCUUUGAUGAAAUUGACCUAACUAAUCUGAGUGUGGCAGAAUGCAGCACAAAGAAUAUUAAUCACAGUUUUCAGGUCAUUACCCCAUUUCGGAAUUUAAUAUUGUGCAGUGAAAACAGACGUGAGAUGGAAGAAUGGAUUAGUGCUUUAAAAAUGGCUGCCAACAAAGAGUAUUAUGAACAAGGGGCGACCAGCCACACGGAGAUGAUGUCGGGCCAGCACAACUGGUACGCCUGCUCCCACGCCCGACCUACUUACUGUAACGUGUGUCGCGAGGCUCUCUCCGGUGUCACGUCACAUGGCUUGUCUUGUGAAGUCUGCAAGUUCAAGGCCCACAAACGUUGUGCGGUGCGGGCGCCGACCAACUGUAAAUGGACGUCUCUGUCGUCUAUAGGAAAAGAUAUUAUAGAAGAUGAAGAUGGGAUCACAAUGCCUCACCAGUGGAUGGAGGGCAACCUUCCUGUCAGUGCUAAAUGUGUUGUCUGUGAUAAAACAUGCGGCAGUGUCCUGCGACUACAAGACUGGCGCUGCCUCUGGUGUCGUGCUAUGGUUCAUUCAUCUUGCAUGGACCAGUACAGUAAGAAGUGUCUACUGAGCCAGUGUCACGUGUCCAUCCUGUCACCCAUUGCUAUAAAUAGCAUCGACUCGGACGGGUACUGUGAGGCGCAGCGGGCAGGGGGGACCAGUCCACUCCUCGUGUACGUCAACACCAAGAGUGGGGACAAUCAGGGAGUAAAAUUUUUACGCAGAUUCAAGCAACUUCUAAAUCCAGCUCAGGUUUUUGAUCUCAUGAAUGGUGGGCCUUAUCCAGGCUUACGAUUAUUCCAGAAAUUUGAUUCCUUUCGUAUUUUAAUAUGUGGAGGUGAUGGUAGUAUAGGUUGGGUGUUAUCAGAGAUAGAUAAACUCGACUUACACCGACAGUGCCAAAUAGGAGUGUUGCCGUUUGGAACGGGUAAUGACUUGGCGCGUGUUCUUGGAUGGGGCGCAGCGUUUGACGACGACGCGCAGCUUCCGGCGAUCCUAGAGAAACUGGAACAUGCUCAAAUCAAAAUGUUAGACAGAUGGAGUAUAUGGACAUAUGAAGGGUCGAUGCCUCCACCAAGAAAACUGUCUGAACAAAGUGAUUCGAUAACUCAGUACGAAGACUCAGUGGCAGCUCAUUUAUCGAAAAUUCUCCAUUCCGAAGAUCACCAGGUUGUGAUUUCAUCUGCCAAAGUGUUGUGUGAAACGGUCAAGAGUUUUGUAGCGUGUGUCGGCAAAGCCCAUGAACAUGACGUGGAGAAAGAGUGUGAACAAGCCAUCUCUGUGAAGUGUGCUGUUUUGAAUGAAAAAUUGGAAGGUUUACUGACAACACUUGAUCAAGAAUCUCAGGCAUCUGCCCAGGAAUCAGAUGAGGAGAUAGUGGAAGAACCUGUUCCAGAUCCGGUUAAAACCAGUACAGACUGGACGCGAUUACCAGAGGGACUAGGGGAGGUCACCAAGAUUCGUGCACCACACAUCUUUCGACAGCGCGAAGCUUUGAUGUCACGUGCAAACAGUUUGAAGAAAGCAGUGAGACAAAUCAUUGAACACACAGAGAAAGCGGUUGAUGAACAAAACGCUCAGACCGAACAGAUGCGGCUACAUGUGCCAGACAAUCGCGACAUUGAGAGACUAGCAACCAACAUCGCUUCCAAGUCAGCACCCACCUUUUCCAUCUUCACGGCACCCGAAGUAGCUACUGCUGAGAGCACAGAUGCUGAAAAUCUAGUACCACAACCACGGCCACCCCCAACACCUCCACCACCCCCUAGAAUAGACGGGUCGCACUCUCCGAAGGGUCCGACGUCGCGUAGAAUCAGCAGUAUGAGCACGUUCAACCGGUCGUCGAGCGUCGGCUCCAACAUCUGUAACAAGGGCCGCGACAAGAGCCCCGCCAAGGACACCCUGCCCACGCCGCGGAUAGUGCUGCCCUUCCUCGACUACCACAUGCUGCCCGGUGUCAGCAGCAGUAUAGCGAAGUCUCUGGGAGGUGGUAGUUUCAUCAGUAAAGUGCUCCUGGCCAACGCAGAUGCCCUCUGUGCUGCAGCCUCGCCUCUUAUUGAAGAAGACAACUUUGAUUUUUACACAGAGAAGUGUGUUAUGAACAACUAUUUUGGGAUUGGUCUCGACGCCAAGAUUGCUCUGGAGUUUCAGAACAAACGGGAAGAACAUCCAGAGAAAUGCAGGAGUCGUACUAAGAACUUGAUGUGGUACGGUGUUCUCGGUGGUAAGGAGAUGCUUCACCAGACGUUCAAGAACCUUGACCAGCGAGUCCUGCUCGAGUGUGACGGCCAGAGGAUUCCUCUCCCCAGUCUACAAGGCAUCGUCAUUCUCAACAUUCCAAGUUAUGGUGGAGGGGCCAAUUUUUGGGGAGGAACCAAAGAAGACUUGAAUUUCACUGCUCCGAACUUCGAUGAUAAAAUUUUGGAAGUCGUUGCUGUUUUUGGUGGAGUUCAGAUGGCAGUGUCAAGGGUCAUAGACAUUCAGCAUCACCGCAUAGCUCAGUGUCGGACGGUGAAGAUAACAAUUCUGGGAGAUGAAGGUGUACCGGUACAGGUUGACGGGGAGGCGUGGAUACAGCCCCCGGGAUACGUUCGUAUCGUACACAAGAACAGAGCACAGAUGUUAACCAGAGACAGAACGUUCGAGAACGUGUUGAAAUCGUGGUCAGAGAAACAGAAGGUUGAGAGACCGGUCAGUCCACAGCCCACAGUUCUUUCGGAAGACGAGGCUAACGUUUUGCUCAAUUUCGUGGAGGCAGUUGCCGCGUUGAUACGAUGCAUUAAGGUUGCCUCAAAAAGCAACAGUUCUGUUGAACAAGAGUUAUAUCCCCUUGCUCAGCGUGCCUCCGAAUGUCUUGAUCGACUGUAUCCCUCAGGAAAACUUGCAGAGCCCACUCUUCGAAGUCAGGUUGCUGAUCUACUUCACAGUGUACGACUGCUGUGUGAAGAUGCAAACGCAUUCCUUGCAUCUAAGGCAGCUGGCCCCCCAUUAUUACCAGACAUCGAAGCUAAGCUCAGUUCAGAGUUAUCUGCCCUUGAGCUAGAGAUAAAGAAAGUGUCGGAGAUUGGUGGCAUUAUGCAGUACACUCCUGUAGUCGAAGAGGCUAUGUUACUGGAGCAUCAUAAACGGCACAAACAAGGCAAGUUUCGUCAGGUGUACAGCAAACUCAAAGGCAAAGGUAAAGAGAAGGAGAAAGUGCGAGGUUCUCUCCCCUCGGGAUACGACGUCAAACAGUGGAUGACGGAAGAAGUAGGCCAGUGGUUGGACAGCCUAGGGCUGGGAGAGUACCGGGAUGCGUUUAUCAGUCACGACAUACAAGGAAGCGAGCUGCUUACUCUCGAGAGAAGAGAUUUAAAGGAGCUUGGGGUCACUAAAGUCGGUCAUCUGAAACGAAUUCAGCAGAGCAUUAAAGAUCUGUCAAAUCGGGAAAUUGCCCCAGAGAAGUCUACUUCCUAAUCCAGGGUCAAACCAACUUGCACAAAGCUUGGUCAUGUUGUCUUCGAAACACCUGCAUGGAAAAUGGGAUCUUCUUAACUGUGUGAAUGAACUAUGGGGACGUUUUUUUUACUUACAACUUUAGUCUUAGUUUUCAUACAUUUUACAAAAGUGUAAUGUAAAAUUUGUCAAUAUGUCUUUUUAUACAGUUAUGUAACAUAAUAGCAAGUUGAUUAAAUAUUUUUCGACUGUUAUAAUGAAAAGAAAGUCAUUUGAAAUUUGUGGUGUACGUCUUUUUUAUAUAGAUAUGUAAGAUAAUAAUAGAUUAAUUAAACAUCUUUUAGCUGUAAUAUCUUCUUAAUAGUAUGAUUGGCUUUAUUUUAAAUACAGUUGAAUCCCAUUGGCUCGAACCACGUUCGGUGCUGGAGAAACUAUUUGACCCAUUGGGUAGUUGGACCUAACCAUUCAAUGAACUCAGGACUUCGGUUUUGGUUCGAGCGUUGCAGUGUAUUCGACCCUUCCGAGUUCGACCCAGUGAGAUUCUACCAUAUGAUAAUGGUCAAUAAUAUGUAGCUAUUUAUAUAUUUAGUAAACAGUAACAGAUAAAUUUAAUUUUUCUCAACAAUUGUAUCUCAAAAUAUUUAAUUGUAUGAAUGUUGGGGGUUUUGUGGACUUUUUUUUACAACUACAGUCUUGUUAGCGUUCAUCUUUAUAUAAAAAACAAGAAAGAUAUACCAUAUAUAGUUAUCUUUUAUACAUUGUAGCAAGAAAGUUGAGUUUCCUUCAAAUUAUAUUUUUAUAAUUGUAUGGUAAUCUUUUUCUAUGCCUUUUUUAUAAUUAUAGUCUCACCAGUUAUCAUGUAUGUAUUUUCUUAAAGUAAAUAUUUUAGUUUUUAUGUCAGAAUAGGCAGAUAAAUUUUCAUUCGACUGUUAAUCUUUCAAUAAACCUCAGAUUGGUGAAUCUGAACUGAUAUACAGUUUGAUAUUUAUUACUUUACGGUUUAAAAAAGUUAAUCUUUUUUAACAAAGAUUAGAUUGUAUUGUCGUUAUAACAAAUGUUUCAAAAUAGUUUAGUUUUUUUAAAUGAAAUGUAUUUCAAAAUAUAUUCACCAAAAUCCUACUUGUUAAACAAUCUACAUUAAAACCUUUAAAAAACAAAUAAAGGUGAUCAAAGUAUUUUUGAUUUUAUAGAACGUCAUGUGGGGAAGGAAUGCUUAUAAAAAUGAGAGAUUUUGUAUUAGAUUAUUGUUAAGAAAUAUUAUUUAAAAUAGUCAUGUCCACAGAGCAAAGACAUCUUACACAUCCCUUUACUUGCAAAACUGUAAAGUUUCAUGUCCACAGAGCAAAGACAUCUUUCACAUCCCUUUACUUGCAAAACUGUUUGUGAAGUUUCAUACAUCAGCUGUCGCUUGAGUAUUGAAGUAUGUUAAUUGGGUUAUCGCCGUCAUUAGAGUGAGUUAUGGGUGAUAUUAUUUCAUAGUGUGGUAUGCUGAGUUGAUGAAGCACACUUUAAUCAGUGUAUGCUGAGUUGAUGAAGCACAUUUGAAUCAUUGUAUGCUGAAUUGAUGAAAGUAAAAAAAGUAAAGUUUGUUUUAUUUAACGACGCCGCUAGAGCACAUUGAUUUUUUAUCUUAUCAUCGGCGGCUAUUGGACGUCAGACAUAUGGUCAUUCUGACACUGUUUUUUU